CCUCCACGUGGUGGACCUGGAAACUAGCAUCAUCGCCGAUAGAGUAAUUCCUAUCGAGGAUGCUGCUAGGCUAAUGGCUGCGAAAUUGUAUAAUAUUGUAUUAACACAUUGUACGCCAGCUAAAUUUCAGUUACCAAAAACGCGAGCUUCGGUGAUUGAUACAUUUUCAACCCCUUACACUCGAGAUGUGACUCUUACCUGAUUUCACACUGUAAAACUAUAAAAUUUGGUAUCUAAUAUUGUACCUUACAUAAAGCAUCAAUUUGAGAAAUGUUGAAAUAAAAUAGCUUGGUUCCUCAAUGAUUUCUCUACGAGUUAGUUCCAUUGUUACUCGAUUAUGUUCCGCUACUCGAACAUAAAAAUCGCUUGUACCAUUAAAACGCUGCAACCGAGGGCCAGAAACACAGCGCAAACCUGUGCACCGAUGAAUUUCGAACUUGGCGAAACAGCAGACAGCCAACAAUAUCGCGCGAAACAAAAGGAAGGGUGUGAGGAUCGAUUCGUAAUCGCGUUUAUUGGCAAUUCGCUGCUCCCUUUCAAUUCGCUUAGUCCGUUCGAGUGGGCUUUCUAUAGCGGCCGGAGUUGAAACUCGUUAAAAAAUAUCCGCGAACUUUCGACGUGGGCUGAAAGAGGAUCCUAACGGGAACAAUAUGAAUAGCGGAGAGGAAAAAUAGACGAGACCGAUCAGAAAUGGAAGUCCCAAUCCCUUCUACGCUGACAAACGACGUGUCACCAUGGCGACCAAACGACCGUGUGCGUCUUUCCCGCAAACGUCCAGUUGCGGAGGAAGCAGGUUCUUUCGAGAAGCUGAUUAAAAGUGAUUUCGUGAGACGAUCGAACCUAAGAGAUCACUAAUCGAUCACCAUGAACUGCGACCUGAGCAUGGACGCCAGUGCGAGCCGGUUCCGCCACGAUCUGCGCGAGAAGGAGGAGAAACACAAUCAACAGCGGCGCAAGCACCUGUUGUACAUCAUCGGCGCUUAUUUGAAAAAUCAGCGAUACACGAAAUCUUUCGCGACCCUGAUGGCUGAGGCUCAGCUGUGCAGCACCGUGCAGGUCUGCGACAACAUCGAUCUGGAAAUUAUCCUAAAGGAUUACGAGGAAUAUUACAACGUGAGAUUCAACAAGUACCCUGCACUGUGCAGAAGAGUCGGGCCGGUUGUUGCAGCGAAUUCAACAUCGCAAUUGCGCGCGGCCGAGACCAGCCAAAAUGAAAGCAAAAUCAACAGCAGGAUCGAUCCAGGAAAAGACAAGAACAAAGAAGACGUGAACGACUUGAGCCUCGCGUUUACUACGAAACCGAUAUUCAACGGCUGCCAUUUUGAAUCGGCGACACCAGCUUCGCUGCCAACGAUAUCGCAGUCCAUCGAGGAACUAUACGGGCUCGACUCAGAAAUGCGGAAAAUAGCUGAAAUAAUUUCAAAGGAAAUCAUUGUAAAAGAUUUGAACGUGAAAUGGAGCGACGUGAAGGGAUUGUCCGACUGUAAGACCGCCAUAAAGGAGGCCAUCGUGUACCCCAUCAAAUACCCGGAAUACUUUGAAGGAUGUUUCUCCCCUUGGAGCGGGAUUUUGCUGUAUGGUCCACCCGGUACAGGUAAAACGAUGCUAGCUAGGGCGACAGCGACGGAGUGCAACUGCACGUUCUUCAACGUAUCGGCCAGCUCAUUGGUCAGCAAAUGGCGAGGUGAUUCAGAGAAAUACGUUCGAGUUCUGUUUGAUCUUGCCUAUAAACGAGCACCCACGGUGAUCUUCAUCGAUGAGAUAGAUUGGAUUGCCACGAUAUCUCAGGACAACGUGCUGUCCGAGCCAGCUAGACGAUUUCGAGCAGAGCUACUCGCUAAUCUAGAUGGAUUACUGUCCAACGAGUUUGCAAAUGUUGUUCUGUUAGCUGCUACUAACACGCCAGGAAAUAUAGACGCUGCGUUACUAAGGCGCCUCGAGAAACAUAUUUCUGUGCCGUUACCUGAUGAAGAGUCCAGGCUGCAGAUGCUGAAGACUUACGUUGAGCCGUUGAACAAUGCGGAGUUGUCUUCUAUCAAUAGUACGUUGAACGGUUACUCUGGUUCUGAUAUAAAAAGACUGUGCAAGCAAGCACGGAUGUAUCAAGUGACUCCGGUAAUAAAGCAAAUAGAAGCACUGAAAACUGGAGACAAAUCGAAGGUGGUUGGUGUUGCUAAUAAGAUAUCGUCGAUACAGUAUAUACGCGACGCAAGCGAGGUAAUCAAACCAGCCAACGAAACGAUAAGUAAUAAAUUAAACAGCACGUGGAAUAGAAGAAUAUAUCCGAAAUGAUAAAGAAGACUAAGAAGAAUUUGAA